AUGCCACCCUCCGCCAGGCUGUCCCCAUCGCAGUCCCAGUCCCUGCAGCAGCUCCCCACCAGGCCAUCCCCAUCCCUGCCAAGGGGAUCCCGGGUGCCGGCCCCUAACGGACCAACCCAACCUCGAGUCCUGCUGCUGUACCCAAACCAAAUCCUGCCACUGCUGUCGAGUCCUGGGGUGCUGCCCCCCACCAGGCCACCCCCAUCCCAAUCCCCGCUGCUGCCCCCCACCCAGCCACCCCCAUCCCAAUCCUUGCUGCCAGCACAGGGCCCCACAGGGCCUCGAGCCCCAGAGAGCAGCCCCCCAGCACCACCGCCUGUCUUCAGGAGCAUCAGACGCCAGCUUGCUCUGUUGGAGGCGCAGGGCAUCCCCCCAUCGCUGCUAGAUGACUCUGGGCAGCAGCCCCACACUGUGUCCUCCAAAACCUCCCCUAGGAAUGUCCCAAGCCGGGGGCUGUUGGUGCCACUGGGGCAGCGGGAGCACGCCUGGCUGGUGGCAGUGUCAGCAGGGUGCUGGGCUCGGGUUCGGGGUCUCUUUCUGGAAGAGCCGGAGCUGGCCCUGCAGCGGGACUUCAUGUCAGGCUUCACAGUCCUUCACUGGCUGGCCAAGCACGGCGAUGGUCCAGGCCUGCAGGAGCUGGCAGCAGCAGCACGGCAGGCUGGGCUGGCCCUGGACGUGGAUGCCCGCACGGGCUGUGGGUACACUCCGCUGCACCUGGCUGCCAUCCACGGCCACCAGCUCGUCAUCAAGGUGCUGGUGCUGCAGCUGGGGUGCCAGGUCCAGGUGCGGGACAGCAGCGGGCGCCGGCCCUGGGAGUACCUGGGCAGCUCCACCUCGGGGGAGAUCUGGCAGCUCCUGGAGGCACCCCGUGGCACGAUUAUGUUCCCCACGCAGCCCCUGGCUUGCAGCGUGUCCUCUGUCAGCAAGGUCUCACUACCCGCUGGCAGGGCAGCACUGCCUGCCUGCCUCAGGCCACAGCACAGCCGUGGGGCAGCAUCCCACCACACCGGCAUCGAGAGUGACUGA